AUGGUAGACAAGAUGGCCAAUGGCGACGAAAGGCUGAUUGCCAAAGAUCUUAUGCAAAACACCAAUCUACCCUUCACCGAUCGUGUGAUGAGACACCCUCUACCUGACAAACUCAAGGUGCCUCGAGUGGAUAAAUAUGAUGGCAGUGGAGAUCCUACCAAUCAUAUUGAAAGCUUUCGAGCUCAUCUCAUCCUCCACGACACCCCCGACGAGAUUGCAUGCAGGGCGUUCCCGUUGACUUUGAAGGGAGCAGCCAAGGAGUGGAUCGAAGAGCUGUCAGUUAAAUCCGUGGAUAACUUCAACACCCUCAGACGUCUCUUCCUGAGCCAAUUUCUUGCAACUAGGAAAGGGAAGAACCCCACCUACUUGCUCUCCUUGAAGCAAGGGAAGAGCGAGUCUUUGAAGGACUACAUGCUUAGGUUCAACUGGGAAAAGCUGACAGUUGAAAGCCCAAAUGAACAAACAGUACUGUUAGUUUUGAUGAACGGGGUAAAAGCUGAAGGGCCACUGAUGGCCGAAAUAGCCAAGAAACCAACGAUAGCUCUUCGCCAGUUUUUGAGCAAAACUGAAGAGGAUAUCAACCAGGAGGAAACCGUCGAGGCUCUGAUGCAGACUCAAAAGGACGUCACCCGAGUUGUGGUCGGUGGUAGCAAGUCAGUAUUGGAGAGCUCCGGGAAGAAAAAGGAGGAGAGAAAUCCAAAGAAAUUGGCAAAGAAGGCCAAUCUAGUAUUACUGAGGAUUAGGCCACUACACCAGCAGGACCAGUAG